AUGGCGAUUGUCCAAUCGUCCAAGCCCGCGACCGGCGUGAGGGGCCGCCGACAGUUCCCGGAAGGCUUCCAUCAUGAUGCUCAGACAGAGCUCAUGAGAGGCGCCGCUCCAGUUACAACCCGCCCCUUUUUGCCCAGCAGCAGGCCAGUGCGUCGCCCGACAAGCGCCGCCAGAACUGGCCGCCAACGCCGACACCUCGGAAAAGACACCAACCCCAACGCCAAUUACUACGGGAUUCUCGCCGAUGAAGAAGCCGACGAAGAUGAAAUUGUCGACACGCUCGAUGCCUUAGACCUGGAAUCCGAAACACGCAAAAUCAUUGCCAGAGAGAAGGAACGCAUGGCAACCCGGGCCGAUGUGCUGCGCACCUUUGCGGAAUCCAUCGCCGCCUGCGCAAGAAAAUUCGACCAUGGGUACGCCCAUGCCGUCGCCAACGACUUCACCAGGUCCCUGCUGCACCACUGGAACCAGUUCCUCCACUCCGGAGACACGGCAGGGUACAGCAAGGAUCCCCCACUGAUGAAUUUACCAGUCAGACAGAAGCAAACUGCGGCCAGGCCGCCAACUGACAACCAGCUACCCCGCCCAAAAACAGUGAGUUUCGCAGAAGUCGCUACAGCAGGAGCACGUCAAACCCCGGGCGAUGUGCGCAUCGCUCCAGCUCGUAGACAGCCCAUUGCCGCCAGUAACUACACAGACCGCCGAAUUUUGCUUCGCCUCAAAGCGGGUUCCAGCUUCUUCGAAAAGGACCCCUUUCAAAUCCGAACCGCCAUCUAUGAGAAGCUUACGCUCGGUGCCAAUGACGUCCAGAAAAUCACCAAGACAAAUACAGGUUGGGCGGUCGCAGUGCGCAAUGAAGAGAUCCAGAAGAAAUUAUUGGAGUCACAAGAGCAAUGGGGACCAAAUGUGGACCUUACCAUAGCAGAGAAGCAGGUGACAUGGUUCACAUACCUGAUCAAAGAUUUUCCAAGUGAAUUACGCUCAUAUGAUGAGACCAUCCUUGACUUCAACGCAAUCAUCAGCGAAGAAAUCGUAGCCCAGACAGGCCAGACUCCUGUGCGAUGGCGCCGCUCAGUCAAGCCUAGCAGUGACCCCACGAAGACAACUCUGAUUAUAUCGUUCGAAAAGCCCGUACGGGGCACCUUUAGACUCCUCGGCCUAGGAGCGUAUUCAUUCCUCAUGACAAAGCCCGAACGACUCGUGCAAUGCCAGAACUGCUGGCAAUUCCACCCACCUGUGCAGUAUGACUACAGACGACAGAACAUGGAAAUGAUGGCGGAGUCACUAGACAACCCGCAGGCGCCCAAUGGGGACACGACAAACAUCACCAUGAACGAAAGGAGGACUGCCUCCCUGCUCUUGGAGAAGAUGAAAACAUGGGAGACACGGAACAAGAACAACUACAGAACAAUGAAGGGGUUCUGGAAGAAGAUGUCGAAUCAGGAAGGGCCGUAG